AUGGAAAGUCCAGCGCCGAAACGACGCCGGCCUGCGGUGGUGUGUAUUGACUGCCGGCGACGAAAGGUCAAGUGUGACCGCAGCUUUCCAUGCAGCCAAUGUACCCAGUCAUCACUGACAUGCGCAUACCGCGGACUUCCUGGCCCUAUGAAUACCUGGCCAAACGAUCACCUCUCAUCGUCUACCCUUCACCGGCCCCUGUCGAGCACAGGUACGGACCAGUCCAAUGCCCCUGAUUCCACCUUGUUCACGCCAUCCGAGCUGGUGCCAUUCUGGGAUUCUCCCAGCAAUACUCUUGAUCAACCAGUGGAUUCUCAGGUAAUGCUAGAGUCUUCUAAUGCUGCGCAAUAUGUAGCAGCUACGUCAUCUGGCAAUGGGAGUAGUCCUCCAGCUGCAGUUGAUAACUGUCCCCUUCAGCAUUCAACCAGUAAUAGCAGCAUCAUACAAUCACUCGGUAGUAGCUGGAGAAGUGUUUCUAAAGGGUCGAGCCUUGAAGAAAACAAAAACUAUAUUCAGGCUACACUUGAUGGAGUAGAUUUUUUAUUCAAGGAUGCUAUAUCAAACCCAUCCGACAAACAUGUUGAAAUCGUACCCUUGAUUACCAAGUGCAGGCAGCUAGCAAAGACUAUCAAAGCCAAACGGUCAACUGACAGAAGUAACGGCUUUGCUGGGGUAUCUACACUACCACAAAUACCCCCUAAGCAAAUCUGUGAUCGGCUUGUAUACUUAUAUACUCACACAUUUGAAUCUGUGUUCAGAAUACUACAUGUUCCAUCUUUUCAGCGGGAAUACCAAGUAUAUUGGAAUAAUCCACUGGAUUCAAGCGAAGUUUUUAUGCAAAAGCUGCUACUCGUCAUGACGACCGGAAUAUCUUUCUAUGAGGAGCCAGAAAACGCGGUUAAAGCACACCAACAGGCUCUACACUCACUCGCGUCUAAGUGGGUAUACGGCGCACAGGAAUGGCUAUGCCAUAAGUUCGAAAUGUCGGAAGUCGACCUCGAUGUUCUUCAAGUUUCCUGCCUGCUAUCAGUUGCACGGCUUACAGCUGUAGAAGCGUCAGAACUGGUUUGGAUAUCUGCAGAGUUCCCACUUCGAAUUGCAAUUAGCCUACAACUGCAUCGAGAUCCCCAUUAUAUAUAUCCCGCAAUACCGGUUUUUGAAGCAGAGAUGAGGAAACGGCUGUGGGCCACAGUUUUGGAGAUUUCCACUCAGCUAAGCCUUGAUUCCGGGAUGCCUCCCCCUAUUUCUAGCGGGGACUUUGAUUAUCAGUUGCCGUGGAAUAUUGAUGAUUCCCAGAUAGAUAUCCAUGGAGAUAUUCACGCUUCUGUAGAUUCGCUGGAUAAUUUUACUCAGACGACCAUCCAGAUUCUACUUAUGAAAACGAUACGGACACGACUCAAAAUUGCUCGGCUAAUCAAUGCCUUUACCCCCAGCCGAAAUUAUCAAGAUACCCUACAACUGAGCUCUGAAUUGACCGCCGCUAUUCGUUCCCAUUCAACAGCUCUCCAGUCUUAUAUAUCGAAAAGGCCAAAUUAUUUUCAAAUAAAAGUCUUUCAUAUAUUUACUCGUCGGUUUCUUCUAGCUCUACAUGCUCCGUUCGCUGCCAAAGCAAAAUCCGACCCGUCCGUCUAUUUCAGUCGGCAGUGUGUCACCGAAACGGCUUUGGUGCUUUUGUCUGAUACCCACCCGCCGCAUACCUCCCAAGUACCAACAAGUGAGGUCUCUCACUCAAGGGUGCUAAGCUGUGGCGUAUUUAGACACAUGCUAUGGCAGGCAAGUGUCAUAAUCUGUGUUGAACUGGUAAACGGCUUACAAGAAGACUCAUUCCCGAUGACCCAUAGCCUGUCCCAUAGCAAGUUUCAAGAAACCAUAGAACAGUCCACUGAAGUCUUUGUUCAGCGCCUGCGGGCGGGAGACACAAAUGUCGAAGCUUAUGUGUUAUGUUCUUGUGCAUUAGCUCAAGUUAAAGCCAUCCAGGAGGGGAAGGACGUGAAAAAUCACGUAAUGAAGGCAGCAAAAUCUAGCUUGGACUUUUGCUAUAAAACCCUGGAGGCACAUUCUGGGUAUAUUGUUCAACAUUCGUCUCUACCACGUACAGCUUACAGUGACACAAGGCUGCAGGAAGACAACAACAGCAUUUUCGCCGAGUGGCUGACAUGA